AUGGCGUCUAAAAUAAUCGUAAUUGGCGAUGUGGGCUGUGAGCUGCGCGAUGUGUUUACCAAGCUCGCCAAGCUUCAGGUGAAGCAGAACUUCUCGUUUGCAAUUGUCGCUGGAGAUCUCUUUGGGGACUGCUCGACAGAGCAUGAGCUAGAAGAGAUAACUGCGCUGUUACAGGGAAAUAUUCUCGUGCCGCUUCCGACCUACUUCACUUUGGGCAGUCGGCCGCUUCCUACGAGGGUAGUAGAGAAGAUCGAGGCCGAUGACGAAGUGUGUCCCAAUCUCUAUUUCCUGGGGAAACGCGGGACGUUGAAGACGGCAGAAGGCGUGCGGAUUGUGGCUCUGGGAGGUCAAUAUGGCGCCGCUGCUGGGAACGGAGACAAGGCGACGCAAAAAUAUCUGCCUAGUUUCACCGAGUUUGAUGCCAAAGCUCUCUACGGCGCUCACAACGCGGACAUCUUAGUGACCAGUCAAUGGCCCAGGGGGGUCCGAACAGGCUCCAAAGUGAGCCUGCCAGAAGGCUCUACACCUCCGGAAGAGGUACAGUGUGUUGCAGAUCUCUGCUCGACCCUCAAGCCCCGGUACCACCUCUCUACAUCAGGGGCCAUGUUCUUCGAGCGAGAGCCCUUCUUUCACUUGCCGUCCGAAGACCAAAGCCCCGACGCCAAACCGCUGACCAGGUUUAUCAGCCUGGCGGCCUACAACAACCCUUCGAAACAGAAAUGGAUGUACGCCUUUUCGUUGGACCCCAAGGCCCCCGUUCCGCUUAGCGUCCCUGUCGGCGCGACAGCGACACCCUUUGCGCCCAUCCAACCCAAGCGCAAGGGCCUCGCCAGUCAGAAAGAGUCAUUUUCUCGCUUCGCCGUCGAAGACGACAGCAAUCGACCGCGCAAGCGCGCACGAGCACCCCCGCCCGGGCCAGAGCAAUGCUUCUUCUGCCUGUCCAACCCGAACAUCGCCACGCACCUCAUCACCUCCAUCGGCAACGAAAGCUACCUGACGACAGCCAAGGGCCCCCUCCCCACUGCCAAAACGUUCCCCUCGCUCGACUUCCCCGGCCACAUGCUAAUUGUGCCCUUCAGCCAUUCCCCGACUUUAAACCUGAUCACCGACCCGGAGGCCCGCUCCAGCACGUUCCGCGAGAUGCAGCGCUACCGCGACGCCCUGCACUCGAUGCUUCGCAGCCGCGGCUCCGCCGACGCCCUCGGCGCCGUCACGUGGGAAGUCAGCCGUGGCAACGGCAUCCACGUCCACUGGCAGUUUCUCCCCGUCCCGGCGGACCUGGUCUCGCGCGGGCUCGUCGAGGCCGCAUUCAAAGUCGAGGCAGAGAACCUGCGAUAUCCCAAGUUCGAGAAACCGUCGUCGCAAGAUGAAGCCACCGAGCCGGGCGACUUCUUCCGCGUCUGGAUCUGGCGGCCUGACUCUCCGCCAGCUGGUGGAGAGCAGGUUACUUCCAAUGAUAAGAAUAGCGAGGCGGCGAAUUUAACCACCCUCCUCCUCCCGCUCAGCACGGACUUCCGCUUCGAUCUCCAGUUCGGCCGGCGCGUGAUGGCCAAGCUCCUCCAGCUUGAGCGGCGGAUGAACUGGCGCGACGACGUGCAGACGCAAGAGGCUGAAGAGGCGGAUGCAGAGGCCUUCAAGGAGGCCUUCAAGGAGUUUGACUUUACUUUGGAGUAG